AGCCGGCCUAUUUUUAGGGCUUCAAAACUCACCAUGGGCCCAAGCCUAUUUCUAGGGCUUCAACACUCAUCAUCUUCUUUCUCUCUCUCCAGAUUCCAGAUUUCGUGACUCUCUUCUCUGCGUUUGCUCUCGCCAAAUCAUCUUCUUUCUUCUUUCUUCUCUCCAUUCCAGAUUUCGUGCAUCUCUUCUCUGCGUUUUCUCUCGGCGAUUUGAUAAAAAUAAAAAAGAAAUUUGGAAAUAUCAGACAAAGAAGAGUUUCUAUCUCGUAGCAGCUGAUUUGAUGGCUUCUUCAUCUCACCCUUUGGAGGAGGAAGAGGAGGAAGAGAUAGAUUCAGAUGAUGAAUUUUAUAAAGACGGUUACCGUACUCUUACUAAGAAGGAAGAGAUGGAAUAUUUUCGUGCGGUUAAAGAAUCUGAGGGUUUUGAUGUACCUGAUUUUGGUAAUGUCUAUGCAUUUGGUCUUAUCCUUGAAAUUCCCUUGCACGACAAAGGAUUUUCGCGAAUACUUGAAGAAGUUUGGAUCUCGACAAAUGAAGCUAUUAAGUAUUACAACAACGAAAAUGGAACUAAUUUUGAAGUAGUAGACAUUGUGAAGGUGAAUCAUGCUGGAACUUGUGGGACAAGGUUUUACAUCACAUUUAAUGUUACAUCACAUUUAAUGUGAAGCCAAUGGGAACAUUGGUAGAAUUUUCCAAGAUAACCUUCCAAGCGAAAGUUUAUUACGGUAUUCCUAUUCCCACUGGAACUAUAGAGGUUGAACUUUGUCGGCCAAAACCCUUGGCCCUCUAACUGACCUUUCAUCCAUAACCACAAGAUCUAGACUUGUACUCCACUCUAUUCACUGAAGUUAUUUCUUUGGAAGAAUUAAAUGUAUGGGCCUUAUCUUGUUUUUU